GGCGGCGGCAACAUGGCCGCAGCCAUCAUCUCCGGCCUGAUCUCCAAGAACUUCUCCAAGUCUCAAAUCACCGUCUCCGAGCCCUGGGAAGUCAACCGCCAAAAGAUGGCCGAUCUCGGCGUGCAGACGACGACCAACAACCUCGAAGCCGCCACGGGCGCCAACAUUAUCAUUUUAGCGGUCAAGCCUCAGGUCGCGAAGGCCGUGUGUGAGGAAUUGGGCUCUUCCGAUUGGACGGGUGCUGAGAGACCGGUCUUGGUUUCGAUCGCGGCGGGGAUUACGAGGAAGUCUCUUGCGGAGUGGAGUACGGGCAAGGAUGGCAAGGCAUUGCCGAUCGUGCGGGUGAUGCCCAAUACGCCUGCGUUGUUGGGUGAGGGAGCGAGUGGACUGUACGCUGGAGAUGAAGUCAGCGAGACGCAGCGAAAGCAAGUCGAUGCUCUGCUGCAAAGCGUGUCACGAGCGACAGAGUGGGUGGAGAAGGAGGAACUGCUCGAUGUCGUGACCGGUCUAUCUGGCAGCGGACCGGCGUAUUUCUUCGCGUUUGUGGAGCAUUUGAUCGAGAGUGCCACGGCGUUGGGUUUGGGAAGGGAGCAGGCGACGAGAUUGGCGGCGCAGACUUGUUUGGGAGCGGGGAAGAUGUUGGUCGAGUCGAGUGAGACGCCGACGCAGUUGAGGAAGAAUGUUACGAGUCCGAAUGGGACGACGCAGGCGGCGUUGGAGACGUUGGAGAAGGAGGGGUUGAAGGAGAUUGUUGAUAAGGCGGUUAAGGCGGCGACGAGUAGGAGUGAGGAGUUGGGGAAGGCGUGAGGUGAGUUCGUCGUGAGGGGAGAGCUGGAUGUUUGAGGUUAUGAGGGCCUUGUAGAUGGUUUUCUGUGAGCAUCUGAACGAAGGUGGUCAGAUUAUGACUACUUCUCCAUAACAGAAAAUCGUCUAUAGCGCCUAUACAGAACU